AAAAAGUAUUUCGUAUUACAGAAAAAUUGAUCAAAGAAAAUUAAAAAAAUUGAAAUUUGUUGGUAAAAGUUUGAUUAAACAAUGUUGCUGUGUGCUAUUUGUGCUGAUAUCCUUCUUAUCAGCGAUUCGAUCAGUUCACCUUUUUGUGGGCACAUCUUUCAUGAUUCAUGUUUAAGUCGAUGGCUAGAAAGUAAUCACACGUGCCCGCAAUGCAGACAAAAUUGUCCGAGGAGUACGGUGCAUCGCAUUUAUUUACCAGAACAUACGAAUAUUGGAAGUAAUGAUUUAAUGGAGAAAUUGUCAGAAAUCUCAAAGCAGAAAAAAGAUCAAGACACAGUUAUUAAAGAUCUUGAAGGACAGAGGCGAAAAUUAGAACUUGAAUUAAAAUUGAAGAAGAAACAGUAUCACAAAGUUCUUCAACGUCACAUAAAGCAGCUAGGAAAGCACAGUAAAACUGUUAACAUUCCUCGAGAAACAGAGCAGCAACAACCACAAGCAGGUCCAUCAUCGGAAAUUACCAGAAAUUCAAUUACUUUAAAUACAACUAAGAAAAAUUCAUCGACAACAAAUUCUCGUCCAUUAAGAAAACGUAAUCGAACACGAAUCGAUAGGGCUAAAGAGUAUUUCCGUCGACGGAGACUAGCAUUGACAAACUCAGCAAACAACAAUAAUGAUAACAUUGUCGAUAAUAAUCAAAAUAAUCCAAGUGCUAAUAUAGAGCCACAAGUACCAAUGAAUUAAAUUAAUAAUUAUAAUUUGUUUGGAAUUUAAUUUCGCGCCUGCCACAUUAAAAACUUAACACAUCUUUCGAAGAGAAAAAACAAACAAAUUGGUGAGCUCCUUUCUUCUUUGACACUCGUUUAUUAAUAUUAAUCUAUUAGAAUUAAAAAUGUGUAUUUUGGAGUAAAAUAUAAA